CCCCUUCUCACUGCAUAGCGACGGAGUUUUUGUCGAUACCACUGGCAUACUAUUUCCUCUUUUGUCUAGAUCGACACCUUUUCAUUUCACCAUUUCACCCUUCUUUCCUUUUUUUCUCUUUGAUUCUGUACCAGUACUGUCCAAAAUCUCCAAGCCAUCCCCUGGAUUCAUCAUUGUCUCAAUGCAUUCAAGGUACAGGAGAUUUUUUUGGGCCAUCAUGGUGCUUUCCUUGGUUUCCCAUCUAUUUUCAUGCAACCUGCUUCCCUUAUCUCAUUCUCCUUUGCAUCACCGUGUUAUACGGAGCUAUCCACGUCUACUGCGACCGCCCUCCUCGCAGAUAUGCACGCGUUCCUACCCGACAUGCCUCGCGUAUAUGCCCAUUGCUAUCCAUCGGAGGAUAUCACUGAACGGACAUUCAUGGUCUGGUUGGACUCAUGAAGAGGAGGUAGGAUUAGGCGCAUUGAAUUGGUUAUGGAAAGGACUGCCCAGGCUCGCGUUCUCUACGCUGAUAGAACUUCCUGUCAGGAUACAGUCUGCUGUAUUCAAUUUCAUCACGUACAUGAGAAAGGAUUAUGCGCCCGAGGUUUUGCAUUGGUGAUCUUUUCGUUUUCCCUUCCUUCUCUCGAGUUUUCCUGCAUCAUCACACCACCCAGGGAGAGGAAAGGGCACGGCGGUAUUGGAAAAAGUGGGAACAAUGGUGUUAUCUGUAUUUGGCCAGCCGUUUUUUGAGGACAUGAAAAUGACAGUGUAGCAAAAUUUUCCAAAAGAAGCCAAUUUUCCGAAA